CUCACCACCACCAAAAAUCCUUCGAGGACCAACCUCGAUUUUUACACCUUAAAACAUUUUUUCUACCAUGUUAUCCUACAUGCUCCCCGGUGAAGGAAAAUCUUCAUCCCCUCACCAUGUUCACCAGACGAUAUCAAAUCAGCAGAAGUCGAGGCUUCAAUUGGACUUAGAUACAAAUUCUUUGGAAUCUGCCCAGAAUUCUGCACCUAAAAUGACCCCUAUUAUCAGAACUGUCGAAGUCACAGAAACCAGAUAUAAGGAAUUGAGGCAUCCGAUUACUGGCCAAGUUUUAGACGCCACCAGAGACCAACAUGUCCAGGAGAUGGUCUUUAGUGACCCUCAAGUUUUAAGGGAUCGACUGGAAAAGACUAUGAUUAAACAAACCAACAGUGGACAGGUACCUUUCGAGAAAACAACCUACACCAAAACCCAAGCAUAUCCAAUCCACCAACAAUUUUCCACAAACAAUAAUAACACAUCAGAAAAAUCGCCCUACAUGCAAAUUUCUGGUGUCAUAAAACACCAACCGGCUCUGUCAACCAAAAACGAAAUAAAUCGACAAUUUAUCUUAAACGAAUCGACCAAACAAAGGAUUCCAACGAACGCCACUGAUUUUCAGAAGAUCAAUAUGUCCAAUAACGAUAGUUCGAUGUCGAAUAAGUAUUUUAAUGAUAGUGGUGUCAGUACUGGUGAUGAGGAGUCUGGUAGUGCUGCAGGGGGCCCUGCAACCAGCCCUUCGGCGAGUGAUACCAGUACGCCACUGGCUCAUAAUGCUGGGAAGAAGUUGCUGCAGGGACAGGGGAAACCAGGACUUAAGAGGGUCUCCUUUGGUAGUUCCAAAGGAUCAAUGGUUGAGACUCUGGUCUACGAAAGUCCUGUAGGAGGUGCUCUGAUAGAAGAACCCGAAGACAAACAUUUGUUGUCGCAGGAUGAUUCGCUCCAGGAAGGCGAAGAUACGGAGCGAUCCAGAGUCCGAGUGACUUUCUAUCAAUCUUCGAGGCCUCAGUGCGUAAGUCCAGCUCUGUCCGGUAGUCCGGACCUGGCAAAUCCUUAUUAUACACAGAAUUUCCAAGACACACCUGUCAGUAUGACGGCUGUAUACGACAGACAAAUCAGUAACGAGUCAGGGUGGGACAACCCUUUCCGACCAGACGGCGAGCUCUCCCGCGAAGCCGAUGCCAUAGUAUCCCUAAUCAAAGGCGGUCAGCCGAUCACUCCGGUGGCGGGCGAACCGCCGAGCACCCUGCUGAACUCUUCGGCCCUGUCGAACAAUUCCUCUUCGCCCGGUGGUGCCGUUGCCAACGGCAACGCGGCCACCGUCACGGACGGAUCUCCCGCCACCAACGGAGGCGGCCUGAUCAAGAAGGACAAUGCCACGACGCUGUCCAGUGCAGUCCCUGCGACAACCGCCUCAUCCCCAACCGGCAAAAACGGCACAGCGGCGACGAGUCCCGCAAAAGGGGGUGCAAGUUCACCAGUGGCGGUCCAGAGGGGCACUGUGCCCCAACAGUCGACGCCCCAGCAGGCCGAACUGGUGGUUCUGAAGAAAAAACCCAAAUAUAGUCCAGGAUUUUCAUCAACGAGAAAUCAAAACGAAGAAUGUUCAAAGGUUGACCAGAAGUGUCCACAGGUUGACCAAGGUCAUUUGAAGAUCGUCCAAGGUCAUUUGAAGAUCGUCCAAGGUCAUUUGAAGGUUGACCAAGGACAUUUCAAGGUUAACCAAGGUCAUUUCAAGGUCGACCAAGGAUAUAUCAAGAUUGGCAAAGGACAUUUGGAGGCUGACCAGGAAUAUUAA